GCGCUGCACCGUCAAGGUGGGCGAGCCAGGACGGCGGAAGGCAGGCCAGAAGCUUGUCCCUGGGCACGCGCACUCGUCCUUUGUACAGCCUCGCUUUGUUCUCUUGACGAGGACGAGCUUGUGACGCUAUAUACCCUCGCGCAGUGCUGGCAUUGCAGCGAAGCUCCCCUCAGGCUCUCACAAGAUGUCGAAUGAAUCGCUCCAGGCGUCUAUCAGAGGUCUCCAGACGUCGCUAGCACAGACUGUCGCCCAGUGCUCCGAUCACGAAGCGACCAUCUCAUCGCUUCAGACUCGUCUUUACACAGCAGAAGCACGCUUGUCCGCAGCCGAGACCUCGGUCAGAGAUGCAGAGGGCCGAACGCGAGAAGAGAGUGACAAGGUCGUCAUACUGCGCAACAAGCUCGAAGAAGCUCGUCGGGCCAUAAUGAGACUGCAAGACGAUCUGCAAGCCGCUCGUGCCCUGUCGACCCGCCGCGACUCUGCACCAGUAUCGAAUAUCAGUAGACGCAGAUCAAGUUUCGCACCCGAUGAGAUUCCCUCGGCGAACAACAGCCGGCGCUCUUCCAUGGCGCCUAUGACGAGCAAGCAUCCUCUGUCACAGUCGCUCGGCCAAGAGAGCUCCAACAACUCUCAGCAAGGCCUAGAAUCACCCGAGCCCACCUUUGCAAUGAGUGCACAGCGUCGUGCAUCAGUCAUCGGCAUCGAAUUUGGGCGUCCUGAGCCUCACGCAAGUGCCGAAAAGCGUGGCUCGCUCUCAGAGCGCAGGGGCUCGAUGGCAACUGCGUUCGACAACCUUCGCAAAGCUUCGGCCUCUCUAGAUGCUCGUAAAGUUGGUCGCGCUUUCUCAAACUCCACAGGCAGCAAAGACGCAGAGCCGACUGCGCCUAUCGCUCGACGUGCCUCGCUUGCUCACGUAGGCUACACGCCGGCGCGCGCAGACGCAGAAACGCCAUUGCCACCUCUACCAGCUGGUCUGGCAGAGGUUCGCUCCUUGUCGCGCUCUGCAUCGCUCGCCGCCCCUGCUGGACAGUCUCAAUGCCCCAGAGACGACGGCGCACGUGCAGCCAGCGUGUCUGCCCUCUUUUCUAGUGUAGAUUCAUUUGCUGCUCGUCGCGCGAGCAUCGGUGCUGCUCCCUGUACUUCCAGUCGCAGUCCAUCUGUCAGCAAUCCUGCCGGAGUUGGCCUAGGCCUCGCACGGUCGGAAGGUCCUGCAGAGCCCGCCGAAGACCUCAGUAUGUCUCGUCGUCGAUCUUCACUCAAGACAGACUCCAAGGCAGCAGAAGAUCGUCGUGCAUCACUCAAGCGUAGACCGGGCAGCUGCGUCGUCUUUGCAGAAGGCUCGCCAGAGCAGCCCAAAGAUGGCCGCUUCAAACGAAGUAGCUUUGGUUCUGGCGACAAUCUGAGGCCCAACUUUGGCCCAGGUGACCACAGAAGAUCGUCAGCAGCCAUCGAAACCAUUGCAGAAGAUCGCAGUCCGCCGUCUUCGUUCGCGCCUCUUGCACCAGACAGUCGGCGGAUGUCGGAGUCCUCAGCCUGCAGUCGACGUGGCUCGGUCACGUCCGUCUCACAUUCACGGCGUUCUUCGCUGAGCCGGCUUGCAUACACUGGCUCGCCGGAAGACACGGAAUCGCGAGGCAAUAUGGUCCCGUUGGAGUCGCUGGAAGCUGUCAGCGAAGAAUGCGCUCGUCUGCGUGAGCAGCUCGCUCAGGCGGAAGAAGCGCGCGAGGCUAGCGAAACCUGCCUUAGAGCUCUGCGGGACUACAUAUCGUCUGCAGAUGCUGCACCGGCCGAAAAAGCUCUUCAACUUCCACCCCUGCCGACUGACAGUGACGAUGUGGUGGACGAGUUCACCCAAGCGCAGCAGCCUAGCAAGACCAAACGACUUUCUGGCAUGGCUUGGGGCACUGCCAGCUGGAUCAGAGGCUCUGUCUCGAGUGUUGUCGUCCCCCCGACGCCGGUGUUAUCGAUACCCCCUGUCAUGCCAAAGCCGGCGGCCAUCGCAGACACAAGUCCGGCUCUGACGACUUACACGCCUGCAUCCUGGAGGAGAUCCUCCUCCGUCGUCUCUCUGGCUUCCAACAGAUCUGGUCUCUCGACCAUCACCGAUAGCUCGGCAGAUAGCAACGCGACGGCUUCUCACAAGAACGUUAAGCAACUCCAGCUCUCGCAUUCGCAGACAGCAAGCGGACAACGGCCGGGACCCAAACCGAUACCGAGCAUGUUCCGCAAUUUCUCCUUCGAGCAGCGCGUGUCCAGCUAUGUCGAAGAAUAUCCAGGGUCGCCCAUGUGCAACGGCUCACCUGGCGGUGGCCCGACACGAUUUGAACCCACUUCAUGGUCUGCCGAGCCUAGCCCAACACGAUCGACUGCCAGCUCUAGCUCUAGUCGACCUCCUUCACUCUGCGAAUCGUCAUCAGGCAACGAGAGCGGAUCGCCUCUCGAUAGUCCAGAUGAAUUUGUAGAAGAAGUCAUUGACUUCUCGCAUGGUAUGGCAAAGCGCGGUGGUCUCAAGCAUCCCGCCAUCAACAGCAAAGCUCCCUCACAGCACAACCACCUCCGCACUGCUCCCGAUGCCGUCCAUGUCAACACGACGCCCAAGGCAAGCCGCUACGCCUUUUGAUCUGAUAAUCUUGUCUUGUCCAUUGCACG